CUUCGAGCUGUAGCCCCCUCCACCGUCUCCUCUCCCUCUGAAAUAUUCUUACUGGGCUUGGUGGUCUGCUUUUGGUUUUCCCUCUGAAGGUCCAGAAAUGUCCGUGGUGUGUCUGGCAGACUUCGAGGCCCAUGCGCGGGAGCGUCUGUCCAAGUCCACUUGGGAUUAUAUCGAAGGUGGAGCUGGGGAAGGCUUCACCCUGGAGGACAACGUCGCGGCGUUUAAAAAAAUCCGCCUCCGGCCCCGGUACCUGAGAGAUGUGUCGCAGGUGGACACCCGAACCACCAUCCAAGGGGAGGAGAUCAGUGCCCCCGUUUGCAUCUCACCUACAGGCUUCCACUGCCUCGCCUGGCCUGACGGGGAGAUGAGCACAGCCAGAGCUGCCCAAGCGGCCGGCGUCUGCUACGUCACCAGCACGUAUGCGAGCUGUACCCUUGAAGACAUCGUCACCGCUGCCCCCAGAGGCUUCCGGUGGUUCCAACUCUAUGUGCAACCAGAUCGGGAGCUAAACAAACAGCUGGUCCAGAGGGUAGAAGCCUUGGGUUUCAGGGCUCUGGUAAUCACCGUGGAUGUGCCCAAACUCGGCAACAGGCGACAUGACAUCCGAAACCAACUGAACCUGAAGACGAACUUACUGCUGAAGGAUCUUCGGUCACCUAAGGAGAGAAACGCGACGCCCUAUCUGCAGAUGUCGCCCAUCAACUCAUCCUUCUGCUGGGAAGACCUCUCCUGGCUUCGGGGCGUAACGCGGCUGCCCAUCAUUCUUAAAGGGAUCUUGACCAAGGAGGACGCGGAGUUAGCUGUGAAGCACAAGGUCCAGGGCAUCAUGGUCUCCAACCACGGCGGGAGGCAGUUGGAUGACGUCCUCAGUGCAAUCGAUGCCUUGCCCGAAGUGGUGGCUGCCGUGAAGGGGAAGCUGGAAGUGUACCUGGACGGUGGGGUCCGGACGGGCAAUGACGUGCUGAAGGCUCUGGCCCUUGGGGCAAAGUGCGUCUUCCUGGGGAGGCCAAUCCUGUGGGGUCUCGCCUGCAAGGGUGAGCAUGGCGUCGGGGAAGUCUUGAACAUUUUGAAAGAUGAGCUCCACACCUCCAUGGCCCUCACGGGCUGCCGGUCCGUUGCUGAGAUCAACCAGGACCUGAUCCAGUUCUCCAGGUUGUAA